CGUCAAUCAGCCGCUAGUACCAUUCCCCAACCCAUAACUUCAUCAGCUAUGCCCAUGAACACCACCGUCCUGUAUCCCGUCGACACCGUCAAGGUCUUCACCCAGACCUCUCUGCAGACUUGCAACAGGUCCGCCAUCGCGAAGGCGCCUUACGAUCGCCUCUCGUCACCCGCUUCGUCGGUGAACACUCUCAUUUCCGCCACUAUCCCCAAAGUCAAAGGGACCAAGGACUACUCCGCUGCCUUCGGCGCCCUCCAAACCAGCUACGGUUUUGCCGGACACGCACCGACGCCUCAGCCUGAGCGCCAAACCUCGCCAAAGCCCAGAGCUUCCAAGCGGAACUUCUUCUUUAUCCUCGGCCGACGUUCUCCCAACACUCCAGACGUUGCGAACUGCACGGAGCAACCCGUGGGCGAGAAACGCCCAUCUCAAAGUCAGAAGGGCUACGCCGCUGCAUAUACGCCCACCUCCUACGGUCUGCCCGCUGGCUCCGCUGCGGUCCCCCAGGAGCACUGGCGAAGCGGCGUUGCUUGAAGACAAUGCCUAUCGUCGGUCGCAGACUAUCGAAGCAACCCAGUCAACGACGGCAUCGCUUCAAACGGCUUACCUCAAAAUGACGCGCAACUUCGUUCACGGGCGCUUCAGCGCUCGAUCCGACAUGGCUAUAUACAAGCUCAAAAUAUCUGUCAUGUGCGUUCGCUCCCGCUGGAGUGGAAGGAAAUGGGCACGGAUAAUGACUGUCGCCUACGAUCAUCGUUCAUGCUCCUGAACCGACCACCGCCCACACUUCCUUUCAGUGCGCGGUGUUCACCCCCUGCGGCGUGUUUACCACCUUACCUUCCAACCUGUUCGUUCUCUGACCUCGCGAUUCCCCUUCGAGCAUGUCAUUCCUCGAGCUUCUUUGAGAUUGACGCUCUACUUUUCUUCUCCAGCACACAUUUCCGAUGCUGCGGCUUGUUCCAUCGUAUUCGCGGUCGUAAUUCACUGUAGCAAAUCCCGAAGAUAUCAUUGACCGCACGCUCGCGAGCACGGUUGCAGACCUAUUCAUAGAGCAGGCAGUCCUCGGUGUGGAUUUUACUCGUAGGGUUGCGUACGAAUCAGUAUAUCAAGCAGCCUUCUACGGCCGCCCAUCCCGC